UGGGAAGAAGCAAGCAAAAAUGUAGAAGUAUUUAAGAUAAAUUGCUGAAAGAUUGUUUUUAACAGCCUGUUAAAUAAUCAAGGGAAAUGAAGAACAUACAGAAUGCCUGGCACACAGAUAGAAAUCUUUGAGGUUCGGAAUCCAGGGUUGUUUUAUGGCAGGGAAGUAAAUGAUGAUGUAGACUCCUCUUCUGAGAGAAUUGUAUUCCACGGACUGGAGAAGAAUCUGAAUGAGCAGUUUAAUAAUCCACAAAGCUGUGGCCUGCCAUAUCAGCCAGGAAAUAAUGAAGUGUGUAUUGGAAAAGCUCGAGAUAAGUGGUGUAGGGUGAGAGUUGAAGAAAUAUACAGAAGACAAAGAGGUCAUGAGGCCAAGUGUUUCCUUCUAGAUUUUGGAACUAUUGAAAUGAUUCCCUUCCAGUGGUUGCGUAGAGCUAAUCCGAGCCAUCUAUCCGUGCCUUACCAGGUGAAGUGUUACAGUCUGUAUGGUAUACAGGCCCAGACCAUGGCCCUACAGGAGGAUCUGUCCUGUCACAUGGAGCCUUGUGUAGCAUGGGAUGAAUCAGCAACAGAAUACAUGAGGAAGUGCCUUCAAAACACAACACAAUAUUAUGUUGAUGUGAAGAAUGCAGACGUGAACAAAGUUGAAGUGAUACUGUACAUCAAACGAAGGAAUGGAGAAGUGUGUUUUAAUGACGAGCUUGUGAGAAAUAAUUACGCUGUCAGGAAAAAUGCAGAAGAUGUCCAAAAUGUUAUUACACCACCAAACAAUACAAACAGAUCUCAACCAUUAACAAUAGAGGCUGAGUUAAACAGGCUUCAGCUGAAGAAAUCUAAAGUGAAAUCUAAAAUGACUCCUACUUCUAGUGAUAGUGAGGCUGCUUCAGUUAUCUCAGAGCCACAGACUACAAGUCCAGCUCACAGGACUGACUCCGAGUCCUCUAAAUCGGGGAGUACACUCGAGAACCCGAGACCAGGGCUAGGUCGGGGCUUCUCACUCGGCCAGACACUCAGGGAAUGGAAAGGGAAGAGUAAAACGGAGAGUUCAAAAGACACGGAGUCCUCAGUGAGAAAAGACUCAAACUCAUCAGGUAAAAUGUCAGCAGGGAGAAAUAGUGGAGGCAGUUCCAACAGUGUGUCAACUGAGCCUCAGGACUCUCACAUGUUGUCGUUUGUUCACCGGCAUCAGAAACCUAGAUCAACUACGGAACAGAAAUUUAAAAUGGCUAUAGGCCGGAAACAGGGUAGCUCUCAAUCCCUCAGUUCAGGCGAGGGUAGUGUUAUGUCUGCGCCGUCUAUAAAAUCUCUUCACACCCCAAUGAAUGGCAUGCUGGGAAGGUUGAUGAGCAGUUUAAUAGCUCAGCCUUCCACUAACCCUCGGCCGUCCGCUAACCCUCAGCCUAGUGUAUCUGACUCGGAAUUGCUCAAAUCAACACCAUCUAAUGACGUCCAUAGAUCUGUUCAUACAGAGGGAUCCUCCUCAGAAAGUGUUCAGAAAAACCUCCGGACUUUUACCCCUUCCUCCUUACAAAAAUUACAGCAAUCUGCAGAGGAACCCCCAUUUGUAAAUACCUCAUCCGAUUCUAUGAAUUGUAACAAGAAUGUCACAGUGCCAAACAGAACUGAUGCAGAAAAUCAAAACAUAGGGCCAUCAUUAUCAGGAGAAGUAGUCAAUUCACCGAGUGAAAUGUCAUCAGGUGAAAACGUUAGACAAGCAGAAACCUCAUCAACCACAAAUAUCAGAGACCAAAUAAAAGAUCUCAGGAGUGUUGAUGCCAGGGAAGAUUUAGAUCGUAGGACCGACAUGAUGAGCAAAAUGCAGGGGGACAGAAUAAUGGCAAACUUAUCUGGUGGUGCUAAACCAAUGGCUACCAGUACAUCAGCUGUAUCUAGGAAAUUCUCCGACAGUGUUCUGGUGCAUAGCGUAAAGAAAGUAACCCCUUAUCUCAACUUUGAUGACGUUCCUCUGGUCCCAGAGCUGAAGGAGAUUCUGAAGAGCUUUGAGUUUCCUGCUCCGAUGUUUAUCCAGGCCUAUGGCUGGCCGGCAAUUUUAAAGUUGAACCACGUUGUAGGAGUAUCCCCCGUUAAUACGGGGAAGACCUUCACCUACCUGUGUCCUCUCCUGAGUGAGCUUCUCCACCCUCUGUCUUAUAAAGAGCUGGCCAUCGGCAACGGGCCCCUUGCGUUAGUACUGGUGUCCUCGUGGAAGAAGGCCCAGUCUGUGUAUGAUGUCACAACCGGACUCCUGAGGGAUCACAGUCGACCCCGCCCACUGGUCAUCUACGGAGGAGGAUGUGAACACAAUCAAUACGUUCCAUUGAUGAAUGGUUGUGAGAUUUUGAUUGCCACACCUCCUUGUCUUGUCCGCAUGAUCAAUCGCAGAUACACAGAUCUCCAGCGACUCUGUCACCUGGUUGUGGAUGAUGCUGAUUUACUGCUGAGGGAAUACUCCAAGGAGGUUCAGGAAAUCAUGGAUUCGUUUGCUGAGGCCCGCAAAGAGAACAUCCAUAAGGCGGUGCCCUAUCAGAUCAUCACCAUGGGUACCCAGUGGACGCCCGCGGUCCACAGCUUCACCCAGGCGUACAUGCCAGACCCCUCCAUUAUCAUAACAUCAAGAUUUGAGGCGGCUAUUUAUGGAAAAGUCGUACAGCAUGUUGAAAUGUGCCCCAGUUCUCAGAGAUGUACCAGACUUUUAGAAGUUUUAGAUACCAUCUUAAGCAAUGGCGUGAAGGUCGUCAUAUUCACAACCACGGUCAAUGAUGUAUAUUUCCUGAUCAAGCUGCUGAAAAGUCAUUCCCUGUGCUGCCUGAAAAUCCACCACCAGAUGGAGAGCUAUGAGCUUGAAAUGGCUGUCCAUGACUGGAAGUCGGGCUCAGAGAAGGAUGGUCCUAAACUUCUAGUGUGUACAGACGAGUGUAUCAAUGAUAUAAUGAUAGACGAUGCUAACGCUGUGAUACAUUACGACAUGCCGGCGGAGUCUAAGUCCAGGUUUGGGAAUCGUCUCUUGUGUCUGAGGAAGUACUACGCUCAGUACACAGGACUGGAGGAGGAGGAGAGAGGACAGAAUGUUACACCUGUAUCUUUUAUCCUGCUGACUGAACAGAGUACGGGUCAGGCUCGCUCGGUCCGAGAUCUACUGAGACGACUCAAACUCCCUAUACCUAGGGAGCUCACAGCCCUCCUAGCUGGCAUGAAACAGCAACAAGAAGAAGACAAGGAGAAGGGUCUGUGUAGUUACCUCAAGGCUUAUGGAUCUUGUAGGUUUCAGACCAGGUGUCCCAAUCGACACAUUAUCUUACCUGAUGUAGACAAGCCCUGCUGUGACCUUUUGACCUCAGGUGAAAUCAAGAUUCGUGUCACCGACGUCGUGAAUGCCUCCUGUUACUAUGCUCGAGUGUUAGAGCAUCGAGAACGAGACGGACCAUUCUCUGACCUUUCCAGCACCGCUCUGUCCAUUACGUUUGAGAUAGAAAACUGGUUCUCUUCAGAAAGUAAUCGUGUCAGGCUUGGGAAUGUGUGUGCAGGUGAUGUGUGUGCGAUAGAAGACGACCACGCGUUCUUCAGAGUGCAGAUCCAGGAUAUCAAGGGGAGUAACUCUCCUGGCUCCAAGACCAUGCAAGCACAGGUGUUUUUUGUUGAUGAGGGUCGAGUGAAAGACGUCUCCAUGUUCAAACUUUAUGAACUCCCGCCACACUUAAAAUCAUAUCCAUUCCAGACUGUUGAAGUCUACCUGUGCAGGUUGAGGCCGAUAGACAGAGAUGAAAACUGGACCUCCAAUGCUGACCAGUAUGUCCAUGGAAUCUUAAAAGACAAAGUUCUCUAUGGCAGAAUUGUACUGAGCAUUGGAAACACCAUCUGGCUGGAUCCUUUGGUAGAGCGACAACGUCUGAGAGAAAAUAAGGGGUUCAUAAACAAGAUGUACGUCAGAUCGGAGCUCUUGAAAAAUGGAUAUGCUGUGGAAAAUGAAGAGCAUGUUGAGAACUUGUACAAACUAUGUGAAGGUCUACUACCCAUCCCUACUCUACACGACACAGGGGAUAAUAUGGAGUUAUCCGUGGAGACAGACUUGCUGCCCGAGGAUGAAGAAUUCCACACCGUCUAUGUGUCUGCCUGUGAAGAUCCUGGUCUCUUCUUUAUACAGCGAUGUCAGUUUGUCAAACAAAUGGAUGCCAUGAUAGAUGCUAUCAAUGACAGACUACAAAGGUCAGAGGUGACAGCGAUGAAGGUCACAUCCUGUCAGGUGGGGACAAUCUGUCUGGGAAAAUACACCCAGGACGACACCUGGUAUCGUGUCAGAAUUGUCGAGUGUGUAGAUAACGGAGACUAUAAGGUGAUGUUUUGUGAUCAGGGGGAUUAUGAAGUCCUGCCCAUCAGCCGACUUCAUCCAUUUCCUCAAGAAUAUUCUGAGAUCCCUAUGUUGGCUAUUGAGUGUGAACUGGCUCAUGUUCAACCCAGAGGUGAGAGCUGGGAUGACAGCGUUGGUGAUGCAUUGUGGGAUAUGACUCAUACUGUGGCAGGAGGCAAUAAAAAGUUGAUGGCCAAGGUGAUAGGGAUGAAGGAUUCUUUAUUUACCGGUGUACACAGGUAUAUUGUGGAAUUGUGGGAUACGUACACAGCCAACGACAUCAAUCUGGCCCAGGAACUAGUCUGGUCAGGGCUGGCAUCUCCCAAGGAGGGAUCCAACCUUCAGGAGAUGUUCCAGAAGCCUCCGAUGAUAAAUUUCCAGGUUUACAGGAAUCCUGUACAGAUGGUGAUGGAUCUGUGUGCCUGUCUGUACUGGAGAAAGGAUCAGAAACGAAAAAUUCCCCCAGCUCUGGAAAUUUUUGAUAUUGUAACCAAGGCAGUUAAUCGUAGUCCUUUGGAUCUUGUGGGUUAUCGAGGGUUAGCUGCCAUCAUUAAGUUGAUUGGUCGACUGACAGAUGACACCGCCCACAAAUGUCUGCUAGAAAGUCUCCUGAUAGCUGCAGAAAACAAUGACAGACUUGCAGAAGAAAUCAUCAACCAAGAUGGAGACCACAGUGUUAUCCAGUGUUUAGAUCAGAAAAGCCGUCCAAAAAUCCAAACUCAGGCUCUAGAGGCCAUACACAGACUAAUCAACUGUAAUAACAGGUUUGUGAAGGCCUUCAGUGAUGCCUCGGUCCUUGAGUGCCUGUGUGAGAUUCUGGAGGUGACAGAGGAACCAGAGAUUCUUUAUGGAACAGGGCGAGCUUUGAAUAUAAUCUGUAAUCAGUCAAAAAGUAUGAGCCAAAAACGGGAAAGCCGUGUACGUCUUCCUGGACUUCUAGAUUCAGUCAACAGCUAUAAAACACAAUCAUGUUCACAACUUCCUGUUACUGCGAAAAAGUGUGCCUCAGAUAUUGUGUACCAUUUUAAGGUCUGUGACUUAAUCACAGAGUCACUCAAACGCACAGAUGACCUACAGGCAUGCCAGGCACUGCUGCAGUUUCUGGUUACUCUAGUCAAUAAAAACGGAAAACGAGAACCUCUGCACAAUGAAAAACUUGCCAAGGUGGUCAUUUCCAAAAUGAGUUCAUUCUUGGAUGAUAUGUGUAUCUCCUGUGGAGUAGCCUACUGUGAGAAUCUAUGCAAGGAAAACCGAAAAAAGAAAACUUUUCUUCUGGAGCAAGGAGUGGUGAUCAUUCUAAAGAAAGCUAUUAAACAACAGAAGCUUGGCACUGAAACGUACAGGAAAUGUGAGAGAUUCCUCAACAGUCUCGUGAUCCAGGUCCCAACGUCUAGCUCUAUCAACAGUAAACCAAUCCACCUACAGCGGUCUGCUUACCCCCAACAAAAGUUGGUUCCCAUUAUAACUUGGGCCCAGAACAAGCGUAAUGUGAUCCUAGCGGUGCGAGUCGCCCUGGCAGGGGAUGCUCCGGUCAAAGUCAACCAAAACAGCUUCUUCUUCAGGACGGUUGUGGAUGAUACACUGUAUGAAGCUAAGUAUGAGCUGUUUGGUAGAAUUCAGCCGGAUGCCUGUCAUGUGUCAGUCAAACGUUCAGAAGUCCUCGUCAAACUGAGGAAGGAGGAGUCAGGAAGCUGGCCUCGCCUACUGAAAGUCAAAACAAAGUUCCCCAACAUCAGCCUUGACUAUGAUAAGUUUGCCUGUAGUUCCUCUGAGGAAGACGUCUCUGAUGACAACAAUCCGUUUGUUCUGAAGAAACGGAAGGUAAAGAAAUUUCCCAAAGACCUGAAGAGGCCUACUAAAGGUUUGACUGUGGGAGAGGUGUAUCAGGAGAGUGAGGAGGAGGACAGCGAAGAUGAGGAGGGAGAUGACAGCGGGGAGAGGACCCUAGGACUAGCUGAUGACAUUGACCCUUACGACAUGUUCGGAAACAUGUCCUGAUGACCACAACUCGUGUUGUGUGUUCAGUCAUCAGUGUUGAUGUGACCAGCAGUACAGCCUUGGACAACCUGCAGAUCCUAGGAUGAAGGAAGGCUGAUAGGAUCAAAGGAAGGAUCAUGGAGGAUCUCUACUCCUACUAAAAAUUGUGUUCAUGACUCGCAGAGACUGCCUUUCUGGUGCUGAAAUCAUGUGAUUUAUUUUACUCACUCCAGCUUUGUAGGUCAUGUAGGUCACUUAAACUUGGAACAUAAGAAUUACAAUAGAGAGACUAGAGUUAUAUUUUUUAUAAGAAUAUUUUUUAUGAAUCAUGUUUUUCAUCUUUUCCAUUAUUAAGGGCAGGUAGCCUUUUUAGUAAAACAAACUUCAUAACAAACCAAACAUAUCCAUUUGUUAAUCUACUACUUUAUUGUUUGCUUGUUAAUUUCAGUUAAUAUGUAUUCCUGUAAAUAUGUUUAAAUAGAUCAGAAGUUUAAAGCAUUUUUGAAUGAAAGUUUCUUUUAAAGAAGGUAAAACAUUUUUUCUCUGUUUUUAUUAUCCUUAUCACAUUAUAUCAGUUAAACAAUAUACUACUCCAAGUCUAUAUAAUUCUCUUUAAUAUAGAGGAUGUAUAUAUACCAGUAGAUAAAGAUUUUAGUUUAGGACUCAGUCCAUAAAGAUAAAUUUUAGUUCAUCACAUGUCUACACCAUUUUUAAAGAAAAAAAUAAGCUUUCUGAGAGUAUAGCAUAAGCAUUUCUAGUUCCCUACCUGCAAGUGUAAUCUGGUUCCCAUUAAAAAUUGAAAAAUGCACAGCGGUAAUUUUGUCAAAAAUCAAAGAAGCAGAACAAAAUGUGAGCUUGAUCUAUAACUCAUCAAGGUAAACUCGCAUACCAAAAUCAGCUCAGUAUCUAAUUGCGCUUAGAAAAGAAAUUGCAGAAAACUAAUUGGGACAGACUGAGAAAAGUCCAAUCCACACUUUGCAAGAGUUAUGUUCCUUUGCUGUGUCAACCAAAAGAGAAAGCAAUGGCAUUUCUCCUCUAAAUGCUUCCAAACGUUUGGGUUGCUCUGAUAAAUCCACUGUGUUUUAUUUUUGUUCUUUUGAUAUAUGGGUAUCCCCAUCUUGGAGGCAAUCAUUAUACAAGAUGCAAAGAAUUUUGAUUAGUUAGAUGACAAAGUUACAAACCAGAAAACUAUAAAGGCUAUUGUGAGGAUUCUUUGGGUUUUUCCCCAAAAUUGGUGGCCAAGGGACAUAAUUUUAGAACAACAUGGAUUCAACUAUUGUCUCCUCUGGUUUCUGAUGGGGACUAAAAAGGGCCCCUAACGGCAAGUGUAAUCUUGUUUUCAUGAAAUUUAAAAAUGCUAUUAUCACAUCUUAAUGCAAAUGAUUUACAAUUCAUUAAGAUAGAAUAACAUGUCGAUGAUCAGCCCAAUAUUUGCAUGUUUUUAGUGGAAAAAUGUGGAAAUCCAAGUGAACAAUAGGUGUUUGUAAAACACUCAUGCCCCCCUCCCCCCCCAAAUUGUAAUUUUUCCAAAGUCCAAAAGGACAUAACUCUGUCAAAAAUGGCAUGAUUGUACCCAAAACAGAACUUGACCAAGAUAUUUAUCUUAUAAGUCUGUAUAUUAAAUUUCAUUUCAGUAUGUGCAACCUCUGCAAAGAAAAUGAAAGGAAACUGCAAAUAAUUGGAAUUUUUUCUAAGUCAAAGGGGCAUAACUCUGUCAAAAAUGGUGUCAUCAUACCCAAAACAGAACUUGCCUAGAUAUUCAUGUGAUAUACCUGUAUACGAAAUUUUAUUUCAGUAUGUACAACAGUUGCGAAGAUAAUGAAUGGAAACUAAGUGGACCGACAGCCAGCAGCAAAGCAAUAUGCCCUCCCCUCUUCGAAGGGGGGCAUAAAAAUUUAGUUCCCAUUAAAGUGGAUCAAAAUCCAUUGAAGCAAAACAAAAUUCAAACUUUAUAUGUAAUUCAUCUAGGUACACUCACAUGCCAUAAAGCAAUUAUAACAUAAACAAAUCAGGAAAUCCCAGUGGGACAGACAGGGAGAACACCUGAGUCCCCUCCUCUUCUACUGGUAGGGGUCUUAUUAACAGUAGGGGUACUGGUACUGGUAGGGGUCUAAUUAACAGUAGGGGUACUGGUACUGGUUCUAAUUAACAGCAAAACUUUAUUAUUGGAUUUUAAAAUUACUGUAGAGAAAGAGAUCUUAUAUCACUUGCUGUUAUUUAAAAAAAAAUAAAAUGGACUGUCUUUUUCAUCAUUCAUAGGUAUAGUACAAUUAGACUACACCCUCUGAGUAAGAAUCGUGUAAAAUAUUAAAGAGAAAUACCAGUAAAGGAGUGUAUUGGGAAAAAAGUACAUCCAAGUCAUGGAAUAUUGUACCUGUUUUUAGUUGAUAUUCAGCGUUUUAGUUGUAUAUAUUUCCUCCAAGUACAGGAUUGUUUGUAUUUACAUAAAUAUUAAAACCAUGUUAACAGUUGAA